CCGUGGAGCGCCCGGGCCGGAAGCCGCCUCGCCUCCGCCUCCUCACGCGAAGGCGUGGCUCGUGCUGGCGCUGUAGCCCGACGGGCGGUUGAGCCAGCGGCGCUAUGGCUCACGUCGGCUCUCGCAAGCACUCGCGGAGUCGCAGCCGGUCCCGGGGGCGAGGGUCGGAAAAGAGGAGGAAGAAGAGUAGUAAGGACGCUUCGAAGAACUGUUCAGCCUCUGGAUCCCAAGGUCGCAGGGCCAGCACUACCCCCGGGGCGGAGGAGAGAAGCAAACACAAGGCCCGGAGGAGACCACGAUCCAGCUCUUCCUCCUCUUCUUCCAGUUCUUCUAGCUCCUCUUCCUCCUCUUCCUCCUCCCCUUCCUCCAGCGGUGGCCGGAAGAAGCGGGGGAAGCACAAGGACAAGAAGAGGAGGAAAAAGAAGAAAAAGAAGAAGCUGAAAAAGAAAGGCAAGGAGAAGGCAGAAGUGCAGCAGGCUGAGGCUCUGCCCGGCCCCUCUCUGGACCAGUGGCACAGAUCAGCGGGGGAGGAAGAGGACGGCCCAGUCCUGACGGAUGAGCAGAAGUCCCGCAUUCAGGCCAUGAAGCCCAUGACGAAGGAAGAGUGGGAUGCCCGGCAGAGUGUCAUCCGCAAGGUGGUGGACCCCGAGACGGGACGAACCAGGCUCAUCAAGGGAGAUGGCGAGGUCUUAGAGGAAAUCGUAACCAAAGAACGACACAGAGAGAUCAAUAAGCAAGCCACCCGAGGGGACGGCCUGGCCUUCCAGAUGCGAGCCGGGCUGCUUCCCUGAGGGCCCGGGCUGGCCAAGGCCUCUGGACCUUGCUGGUGGCCCGGCCUGGAGGCAGGUCUCGGGGUGGCAGCAGGAAGCCUGCUGGGUGCCGUUUGCUUUUUCUCCUGUGGCUUAACCUCUAGCCCGCCAGCCUCUUCUCGGGUGCAGGGGGUGGAGGACGGGGUCACUGGCUUACUCAGCACCCCCACCUGAAAGAGAGAAGCUUCCCAGAUAUUAAAGGUUCUCUGGUUAUAGA